AUGGCAGAGGCAGGAGAAGUCGAUGCUGGAGCUCUUAUAAGAGUUGCUGAUGAUGAUCCUGGCAAAGGCAGAGUAAAAUGCUCAUCUGAGGCAACAAUGAUCAAUAAUCCUUCUAGGCUUGUCUUGAUCCUCGCCCUCGCCACUCUCUCCUUUUGCUUCGUCAUCAAGAACGCAGUUCCCUACAACGUGAAGGACUCCGCUGACUACGCCUACCUGGCCGGCCUCGCCUACUGUCCCAAGAAGUGCCUCGAGAACUGGUCCUGCAAAUCAGGAGCCAAAUUCACGGGAAUGGUGGAGCUGAGCCACAUCAACAACGACAUCACCCUCGCCUCCUGCUACGUCGGCUACAACAAAGCCACCAACCAAAUCGUCAUCUCCUUCAGGGGAUCCGCCAACAUCCAGAAUUGGAUCGAGGACUUCAAUGUAGAAAUGGUAUCAAUCUUGUCGACUGGCACAGUUGGGAGGAGCUUUGUCCGAAAUCGGCGGUCUCAGAUAAAGAAGAAGUUCAACGUGCCCGUAGACGUCCACAACUUCGGCUGUCCCAGGAUCGGCAACCCCGCCAUGGCCCAAUUCGUGCAGACAAGGCUGGACAGUCUCUACCGAGUGGUCCACCACAAGGACAUCGUGCCCCACCUGCCUCCCGAGUCCUACCUCUACCACCACUCCGCCUUCGAGGUCUUCUUCGACGAGCAAAUGCUCUCCUACGUGAUCUGCAGCGAGACCGGAGAGGACAAGAAGUGCUCCAACCAAUACGCGCCGGACUACUCGGAGCCGACCACGAUUUCUACUUCGUCGCUCUCAGCAGUCUGCAGUGCUGAUGAUCUUGAUGGUCAUAAUAAGAAUAUCAUCGAUAAUAUAAGCUAA